AUGCGACGCGGUCUAUUGAUAUUUGCUCUGAUCAACAUUCUUGUACUAUUUUUCUUGGUCCGCAGUGUUUCAACACUCUUAUCGCUUCUUCUUGAAGAUGCUGCUGCGGACGCAAUUCAAUCUACCGAGUUGCCUUCGCUCAACUCCAGCCUGAUCGAGCACCCCCAGCUCAUUCCCAAGAUUAUCCACCAGACCUACAAGAACGGAAGCAUCCCAGAGCAUUGGAGGAAUCCCCAACAAAGUUGCAUUGACCUGCACCCGGACUAUGAGUAUAUUUUGUGGACAGAUGAAAAGUCGCGUGCAUUUAUCGCAGCUCAAUAUCCAUGGUUCCUGAAAACGUUUGAUAACUACGCCUACCCUAUCCAGCGCGCAGAUGCGAUCCGAUAUUUUGUGCUGGCUUAUUAUGGCGGAACGUAUAUCGAUUUGGAUGAUGGCUGCAAUCGUCGUUUAGAUCCCCUGCUCGCUUAUCCGGCAUGGUUACGGAGGACUAUGCCUACUGGUAUUUCGAACGAUGUAAUGGGCUCUGUGCCCCAGCAUCCGUUCUUUUUACGCGUCAUCAAAGUGCUCCAGCAAUAUGAUCACCAAUGGGGUCUCCCGUACAUCACCAUUAUGUACUCGACAGGGCCACUGUUCUUGUCGGUUCUAUGGAAAGAGUAUAUUCAAGACUCCCCAUCUGACAUGAGUCGCAUUCGUAUUCUUAUGCCGGAGGAGUAUCAGAAGUACACCUGGAGUUUCUUCACCCACCAUACUGGAAACAGCUGGCAUGGCAAGGAUGCGCGUCUAAUAUUUUGGAUGGGCCAACACUGGCAGUUCCUCACUUUUUGUGGUGUUUCCCUUGCUGCUUUCGUCGGUCUUUUUCUCUUCUGGGUCUAUUCUCGCAUCAUGCACAGAAGGACCGAGCAUCUCUAUCCCUACACCACAGUCCCUUCGCCCCGUCUCACCGAUUAUCCUUGA